AUGAGGGCGUCCCGAGAACUUUCCACGCCGGAUCUGCAGCCCAGGCCGUCGGUCACGGGGUAUCAUGGCAGAUUGUCGGUUCCAGUCAAAAAGACAUCCAGUGGCCUCCAGAGCAGCGCAACCUGGACAUCAAACAGCGGUGAUUUGAUGUCCGACACUGACGAGAUUGCGAACCGAGAUAAUUUUGUUGAAGAAUACAACAGACUAGCCAAGAAGCAUGGCGUGCGUCACCUGGUCCCCGACCCCCCCGAGAACGCUGAGUCCGAAGGGAUCGCUCCGAGACGGAAUUGGUGGUCACGCACCUUCAGAAGAACUUCCAGCCAGUCCACGGAGCAUAGUGUGAAGCGCAAACGCAGUGUUGGCCAUGUGACGGUACAUAUGAUGCAUCCUAAAAGGGACAGUCUCAAGGAUCAAGACCUCCAGGGGCUCGUCCGCCUGUGUGGCAAGAGCUUCUUGUAUCUGCCGCCUGAGUAUGCGCCUGGGUCCUUGAUUCUUCCAACGUGCUUCCGCGCCACUGCGCAGCAUCUGGUUCAUUCCGCACCAGAGACUCGUGGAGUUUUCAGAAUCCCAGGUUCGGUGCGAGUCGUCAACGAGCUGUACGAGUUUUAUUGCGCACACCAGGCAGGAGGCGAUGUCGCCAACACAGUUCGAAGCCCAAAUCUGCCCUCACACAUCAACGCCGGUAUCCAUGACGUUGCUUCCCUAUUCAAGAAAUUCCUCGCAGGCCUACCAGGAGGAAUCCUCGGGUCUCUUUCACUGUUCGACGCGCUGGUUGCGAUCAACAGCCAAUUGUACACUGACCCGGAGUUCAGCAGGACAAAACAAAGCAAGCUUCGGGCGCGGCUCAUUGCCCUCGCCGUUGGAACUUUGAGGUCACAAUACAGAAGGGAACUGAUCUGUGCUGUUUUUGGUCUUCUGUGUCUGCUCGGGAGAGCUGCAGAGACAGCUCCAAGGGAAGAUGAGUCGGGAAGGCCGUUGCCCACCUCAGACCUUAUGGGCUACAGCGCUCUCGGGAUCGUCUUUGGACCUCUGCUGAUCGGCGAUAUGCUCGGCUCUCAUUCUGUGAAGCUCGCAGAUCCCAGUUCUGGGCUGUUUCUUGUGCCGAUGUCACCUCAGCCGAAGUCAAAGAAGGAGAAGAAGAAAGCCAAGGAGUCGGCUGAUGAACCCCCUCAAGCUUUCUGGGAUGUUGACAAAAUUCACGUUGCCAAUGAUAUCACGGAAAUGCUCAUCACAAAUUGGAGAGACGUUGUUAAGCAGAUGAGGAAUCUGGACGGAAGCUUGAGCAUAUUGCGACACCGCAGCCGUGCCUCAAUUUCUGAGGACUCAAGACAGGCAAGGAGCUUCACGAGACCUUCGGAAGAUGUUUUCACCCAUCACAAAUCUAUCGAGGUACGAACGUCUGAGGAUCGUCCGCCUAGCCCAACAGCUUCUUCCUCCAGGGCCGUGUCUUUCAAACAGACAGAUAGAACCAGCGAAGCUCUUUCUGUGAAGAAGACGCGCCAAAACACUGCCCGCUCCGCCUCGAACCUUGCCCGGGGCUCGAACCUAGGAGUUCUCUCUCCUCCGAAGGAGGAGUCUGGUAGCGAGAAUCAAGAAAAUCUGACUUCCAGGCGGACGACACCUUUGAAGAGCUCUCUCAGGUCACCCGGCAAGAAUGCAACAGACAGUCGAAAGGCAGGUGAACCAACGAAUUACGAAAAUGCUCCGCCUACAAGCAAAGGUGAAGACCCUACUGUGCAGUCGCUCUAUAUCUCCUCGGUGCCCACUGGACCACUAGAAUCGACGAUGCCAGACAAUGGAGCCACGACGGCGAAACAUGUGGCAACAAACACAACUGAAAAAGACAUAUCAACACAUGAGGCAAAGGCUGAUACCCCGCGACGUCGUGACCACCCUUGCAGGACUACAUCGAGAAUUCCGAAGCCCACAAACCAGGAUGACUUGAGUGUGGCUCCUGGGAAGAAUCUGAAACCCACGUUUUCGUGCGACCUGGACUCAAUGACUGCAUACGCGGUGGUUCCUGGUGCAAAAAUACUGAGUGGAACUUCUACCAUGCGGUACCAGCCCAGAGCAUCUCACACAGACUCGACAGCUGAGUUGAAAAAUGUGGGAUCGUCGAGCCGGUCACUCAAGUCCACACAUGAAAAAGAAGACAACCAGGCGGAGAGAUUGGCUAUCGUUCCAAAGCAUAUUGUCACCCCUGACCAGAUGGACGGGGCGGCAGACACUGUAUUGACUGGAAACUUGUGCCGUGGAUCGUUCCUUGAUCUCAAGGACCGCUUCGAGGGGCGGCAGAUUGCUAUUAAUCGACCAUCGUCCUAUCCCAUCUGGAAGAGCAGGUCUAAGGCCCACUUGCCACAGCACAUUGAUGUGCACAGUCAAGACCAGAAGCCGCCCUUGAUCACUCCACGGAAAGCCUCGCCCAUGUCAGCCAUCAGCAGUCGUGGUAAUCUCAAGCGAGGUGCUGGUAGGGUAAUGGAUUUGGCCGCAAAGUUCGACAGUGCCGCCAAAAAUUCGCCCUGCAUAACUCUCGUGGAAGGUUCUGAGUACAAGCAUCGACGAGAGGUUGCUGGACUGGUCUCCCCAUACACCAGCAACCCGUCUCCGCUUCAGUCUGCUACCUCGGCGUCGACUCCAGCUUCACUGAUGUACCGCAGCAUUUGA